AUUUCCCACUGCCCCUGAGGGAGUCUCCGGGCUGAGGAGGCUCCUCCUCGACAACACUUCUCCACUUCCGCCGAGAAGCUGCCACAUUGAAGAGGAACACAAACAGCGACCUGACAGCUCUCCACUCUCCCUCCACUUUCUCCGGGGCAGUCACGGGAUUUCAAUGUUCAGCCUGCUCUUUAAUUUCUGUGUUGACUUGAGCCAUACCUAUAUGGCGUGUGUGAGCGGAGAAUUCUGCCAGGCACAGCACCUCACCUCUGUGGAGAAGUGAAUCGGCCGCCCCCUGAGGGACUACGCUACCCAGAAACCCCCCUGACUGCCAGCACGAGGAACUGCAGACUCUUCCAAAGGCCCUCCUGGGAUAUUGCGUAGUCCUUGGCCCGAACGCCCUGCCCUGCCUCAACCAAUACGAAAGAUCUUUGCUCUCUUCUUUCUCCUCAAACAGCCAAUCACAAACAGCUCUCCUGAAUGGGCCGUCUCGCCAACAUGAACCGCCCCGCUGCAGUCGAGAUUGUCUACGAGUGCAUGAGGUUCCUCAUCACCCACAACCCCACCAAUGCCACGCUCAACAAGUUCACCGAGGACCUGAAAAAGUUUGAGGUGAACACAUUGGUGAGAGUUUGUGAUUCCACCUACGACAAGGCUCCAGUGGAGAAGGAGGGGAUCCAGGUCCUGGACUGGCCCUUCGAUGAUGGCGCCCCUCCUCCCACUCAGAUUGUGGACGACUGGCUCAAGCUGCUCAACACCAAGUUUCGAGAGGAGCCUGGCUGCUGCAUCGCUGUGCACUGCGUGGCAGGGCUUGGCCGAGCUCCAGUCUUGGUGGCCUUAGCCCUCAUUGAGACUGGGAUGAAGUAUGAAGAUGCUGUGCAGUUCAUAAGGCAGAAGAGACGUGGAGCCUUCAACUCCAAACAGCUCCUCUACCUCGAGAAAUACAGACCCAAAAUGCGUCUGCGGUUCAAGGAUACCAACGGCCACAACUGCUGUGUGCAGUAGGCUGCCUGUCAGUGCAUCUUUCUUAUGUGCAUCUAGUGGGGGAAUCUCCCAACAAGGGGAGAUGAAAAAAAUAUGAAGAGAGUGCUAUCAGUAAAUAUUGUGAUGAUAUGUUAACACUGAGUCAUGGUUAAUUGAUCAGAGAGCAAGCGAGCGAUGGAAUGAAUGAAUCCAGAUCUGGGGAUCCACCAGCUGAACCAAUGAAUGGAAGGUCAAAGCACACAGAUCGGCCCGCCUCCCGGUUACACUGUACAACCACGGGCCAGAAUUAUUCUUUUUUUAACUUGAGUCCAUCCUUUGUUUUUUUUUUCUGUUUUUUUCUUUUUUCAGUUGUAAUCAUGGGAUACCAUUUUCCAUUUUGUGAAUUUUUAUUUUUACACAAACAGUGGUGAUGAAAAGAUGUUAUGUUAAAUGAUAUUCUGAUUUUUAUUUCCCACGAAUUAAUGAUAUUAUGAUUAGGCCAGAAUAAUGUACCUUUUUAAAAACAUUUUUAAACUCGAACACACAUUGUGAUUGUCCAUUUUUGGUAUUGGGUGUUUAUUUUUUUUUUGCACAAAAACUCAAAGGUUCACCUGAAAAUGCAGUAAUUGUUUUCCUUUUACCCUUCACUUGCUUAAAGUCACUUUCAUUUUAGGGGUUCACUAAGUUUGAAUAUGUCUGCAAUAUUUAUUCACAAACAUGCUAUGUGUGGCAGUUAUGAGUUUGGCAGGGGCAAGGACACUUUGUCAUCCAAUAGUUUUUUUUUUUUGUAGUUUUUUUUUUUUUUAGCCUUGAGAGCCAUGUCUGUUUUUUUAUUUUUAUUUUGUUGGAGUGCAAUAAUCGGUCCACCUCAGAUAAGCCCACCAAACCCUGCUGAGCAUCCUUACACACAUGCACACACACACAUACAUACACUUCAGACACUCAUUCAGGCAGUUAAAGAGGAAAAAACCAAGCGCAACUCCUACAACAGGUACUUCUCCUGCUUUCAUUCAUUCUCUGUAAUGGGGCUACAAUAGGACUUCCCUAAUUAUGCAUAUUUAAACUUGCGCACACACACAUCCACACACGCACACACACAGAGCCUAAGAUCCAAUCUGAAAGACAAGGUGGAGAAGAAUGAAAAUGGUCAGUUUUUUAUCAUUGUACCCAUUUUGAAAACAUCCCCAAUUCGUAUUGGUUCUUACAAGAUAAAUAAAUUGAAAUAAAAAGCA